AUGUCAGAACAAUUUGUCAGAGAUGUUGAGAGCAAAAAGCUCAAGCACAAGAUUGAUGAGUCACCUGCCAUGGAUGCAGUAGAUUCAGAGUUGUUGCUGUCUCUAAGUCUUGGAAAUAACAAAGGUGAAUCCUCAUCUAAGUUCACAAGCAAAUCCUUGAUUGCCCAUGAGGGCUCAUCAUCAAGUUUUGCUCCAAAACUUGUGGAAAACAAUAAUCAUCAAUUGUUCAAGCCUAAGCAACGCCAAUUCUCAUGCAAAUUUUGCAAUAAGAAAUUUCCAAGUUCUCAAGCUUUGGGUGGACACCAAAAUGCUCAUAGGCGUGAAAGAGUUCUCUCAAGGAUGGAUAAAGAAUUUGAAAUGGGAACUUUUGGACUCGGUGCUCAUUUUUGUCCAUACUCAACCAUUGCACAUCAACAUCACCCCCUUGGUGGUUCACCAUCCCUUUAUCAUGGGACUCACAUGCACCCUAUGCCUCAUAUGUCAUGGCCUCAUUUUGUACCUAGCUAUGGUAACCAAGGGUUGCAUAAGACUUCCAUCCCAAGGCACCAAUUUGGGAUGACCAACCCUUGGGGUGUGCCUACUAAAACUCCACAUGCUCAAACUUCACAAAAUUUGUACUUAAGGGAUGUGGUUGAUUCUCAACAUAACCAAGUUCCUUCACUUGAUGCAUCUAAUAGGGCUACCAUGGCUCAUUCUGGCAUUGGUAACCUUUUGGGAAAUCAAUAUACCGGGAACCAUCAAUUGACAUCAUCAAGGUCAAAUUGCAACAACAUGCAAUUUCAGUAA